AUGGGUUCCAACAAACACCCGCUCUCUCGAGCUCGCAAGAUCCAGGCCUUUCUCUCGGUGAUUUCGUGGCCAUGCGCUCUUGCUGCCGUCCCCAUCACUGGUGGUAGUACUCAAACAUGGGUUCAACUUCUAGCGAUCUCGAUUUCCACUCUCGCACCUGCAUUCAUGCUCUUCAAAUAUCGCAGAUCCAAAAACCCAUGUUAUUCGUCCUUCGAAAUCGCUCUUGAUUUAUUGAUGGCCUUGCUCAUGGCCGGAGUAUACAUUUCCGGAACCGUCAUUCUUGCUUCCGUGGAGAUCAGCGCAUGGUUUAAUCCCCAUAACUACAAACUUUCCCGUGGUAUUCCGCAGAUCUACUCCAACCUCUCAUGUGUCCUCCUCACUCUGCUAUAUUUCCGCUCCUUUGCUAAAGGGUUUUUCCAUAAAUUCAUCGAGCCGGGUAUGCUCAAGGCCCGUCGUGUUAAUUACGCCAUCUGCCCAGCCUGUGACCGAUCUAUAGAUGCUACUAUGGCACAGAGUCAGGAUUCGACUGUGACGGCGGGGCAGGGAAGACCCUCUGUCUCGAAUGUUACUCCUCUGGAUUUGUAUACUGAUGACCCCGAGCUUUUGUUACCUAAGAGCUCUUUGAGCGUGUUGGGCAUGCAGACUACUGGUGUCAUAACCACUAACUGAAGCUUUGUGAUGCUAAGAACGGAGGUCGGAUAGGGAUGCAAGGUUCGGCUUGUACGACUUUCCAAAUAGGGGGCAGUGCAAAAGUGAUUUCUUGGCCUUGGAAAUUGAUCGAAUCGAGGAGGUUGAUCGUGUGGACUUUUUGAAAUGGCGGAGUUGAAAUCGGACAGCGUGAUACUUGUUGGUCUUUAUCAACACGCGGUAUACUUGGUUCCUUGUCAGGCGGCUGAGCUCAAGAUAAGAAUCUAGGGCUAUGAAAUUGAAUGAAGUACAG